AUGGAUGAGCCAGAGAGUAGGAUUCGGAGCUCAUUUCCCCCGCUUUGGAAAGAGGUUGCUGGCAUCUGUAAUACCGCAUUUCAAAAGUUCAAGAAGCGUCCGUCUCAUAACCUAUGCAAAGACUACAACAAGCUCAUUAGCCAGAUAUGUGAAGCGCAUGGAUUGGUCUAUAACUUGACUGCGUAUCAGUGCUCGAACUAUCCUGCUCUUGUUCGAGGCAGCAACUCUACGCCUGUUGUUGGCGAAACAGUGGAAAGUACACAAGUGCUUGUCGUUUACUACCUUCUGCGCGAGCUGCUGAAAAAGCAAGUCAACAAUGUGAAGGCGACGAUACAGAAGGAUUCCAUAUUGUCAUACUUGGACGCGUAUGAGAAGUACACAGCAGGAGGAAAUGUUGUGAAGUCGAUUUUUACGUACCUUCACUGGACCUGGCAAAAGAGAGGCCUGCCAGCUGAGCACAUUAUUCAACCCACUGAAAUUGUUGUUGGUCACCUGUGGAUGGAUGUCAUUUUGACCACCGAGUUGAAGGAGGCGUUCAGAGCGAAAGUGAACGAAAUUGUCUGCCGUGUUCGAUCAGGCGGCCGGACUAGCGUAGGCGAAAUGGAGAGCGUCAAACGCUUUUCUCUUAAUCUUGGAUGCUCUACUGAUGUCCGAUUGACUUUAUAUUCUUCUGUAGUCGAAGAAACGUAUCUGAAGAGCCUUACUUCCUACUAUUGCGCGAAAAGGUUGGUCUUCAAAGCCCUUGGUGUUGUGGAGUACAUCAAUCAAUGCGUCAAGGCUGUGAAAAAAGAGGACGUAUUGGCACGGUGCUUCUUGAUUCGAUCUUCGUACGAGCAAGUGAGCGAGUCUGUUUUGCGAAUUCUCAUUCACGACGAGAAAAACUAUCUUUUGCCUUUCUGCAAAGAGUGCAUCGAUCCAUCCGAUGGUAGCGAUCCGUUGUCUCGCAAGAAAUCAUUGUCGGCACUCUACGAUCUACUUGGCGGUGGCGCAGAGGAGUCGUGGAUGGAGGAUUUGCUAAGAGAAACGGUUUCAGAGUAUGCUGAUCGGGAGCUCAAGAAGACACACGAUUCAUGUGAAGCAUCGUCUAUUUUGAGAAUUUUGAAGAAGGCUCAGCAAACCUUUGAAGCAACGAUUUCCGGUAUUUUCGGCCAUCAGCCUCGUCUCAUUAGGGCUAUCUACGACGGAAUUCAGGCCAAUUUAGCCGCACUCGAAAGACCAACCGCUACUGAGGACAAUGCAGUGAAAAUUGCGAAGCGCCUUGCCAAAUACGCCGCUGAAGAAAGUAAAAGCAUGCCCGUUGAGGAGCUACGUCUGAAAAGCAACUGGAUUGCCGUUAUUUACCGUCUCUGCUCGCGACAGGAUGUUUUUCACCAGUCUUACACUCGCUUUCUGCAAGAGCGCCUAUUGAAAAAUAUUUUUGGUACUGGAAAGCAAAGUGAAAUCGCGGUGCGUGAGGAGAGUAUUCUAUCGAGUCUUCUUAUCAAGGAUAGGAACUUUGCCUUCAUUUUCAACUGUAUGCGCAUGCUCAACGACACGUACCGAAACGACUUGAAGCAAGCGAAGCGAGUGCAGCAAUUUCUAGUGAAGCCAUACAUAUUAACAGCGUUUCCGUGGGGAGAGUCGCGUCGCUCUCCGGAUGCGGACCGCACAUCUGUUCCCCUUGAAUUACAAACUGUCAUCUCUCACGACAUUGACGCCUACGCUGCGCUGCAAAAUGGGCGCAGGUUGCUUUUCUCACCGGAGCACUCCGGUGCUCGUGUGAAAAUGAGCAUCCCAAACAAAUCCGUAUCGCUUUCGGUCCUAGUUUCAUUCCUGCAGAUGCGCUACUUGCUUGUCAUGAACAAAAUGAGUGUGUGGUCCGCUGACGUGCUGUGCUCUCGAACCUGCACAAGUCUCGAGGAGUGCAAACGAGCGUUGAUACCUUUUGUACAAACUGGUUUGCUGCAGGAGGCGGUGCAACAUGUGUUUGAUUUGAAUCCAAACAUUUUCGCUUUACAGAAUGGCGAGGAAAAGACGUAUGACCUCCGCUACAUAGAGCUGGGGUCUCAACAAAGUAACCCCGAGAAGAACAGCUUUUUUCUCCGCGGAGAAAAAUCCCAUGUUUUAUCGAUUGAAGGUGCUGUGAUGCGGGUGCUGAAAGAACUAGGGCCACUGUCACUGGAUGACACAAUUGGUAAAGUUUCUGCUUCAUUAGGUAAACUAUCAGUGCAACGAAGGGAUAUUAAGAAAGUACUUGAAAAGCUUGUUGAGCGCGAAUACGUGGAGCGUAGCGAGGACAACUACUUAUCAUUUAUCCCUUAA